AUGGAUAUCGACAACCCACCUCUAUCAAGCCCCGGCCAGUCCACCCCCGCCGAAGACCGACGCAAAUCUGGUCGGAUGACGCGACGACCGGAGGUGUUUUCGCAAAGCCAACACUCUGAAGAAAUAGCUGGGGGGAAACGCAAGCGAGGUGAGGCACGCGGCGACGAAGAUGACGACGAAGAAGACGCGUCUGAGUCUGAGAGCGAUACCGGUGACGAUGAAGCGGACGAGGAGGAGUUGAGAGAGAAGCGACGUGCCGGACGUCGUACGGGCGCUAAAAAGUCAUCAAAAUCGAAGUCGAAGUCGCAUGCAUCGAAGAAGCCAAAGGUCGCCGGUAAUGGAUUAGGUAGACUCGCUUUUCGUCCUGCUGCCAAUGGCCGACUUCCGACUGCACGUCGUCGGAAACCCAAGGUUCGACCUAGUCUUGCGGCCGGCGAACGUGGACUGUUUGCGGAGGUUUUUGGAAAGAGCAACAACCCUGACACAGUCGCCGCUCAGUGGCUGUCACAAUACCAACGUAAUAAUGGCCUGGCUAUGCGAGACCUGGUCAACUUCAUCCUCCGAUGCGCCGGAACUGACCUCGAGGUGGACAAUGAUGAAGUGGCUGAUGUCGAUAAUGCCCCCGAUCGAAUUACAGAUCUCCAGGCCCUUUACCAAGCAGAGGGUAUCACCGAAUAUCCUCUCAUCUCCAAGUCAAAAAAGUUCCGUGCUUUCCAGCCCCUCCUCGAGGAUUUCGUUGUUGCAUUGAUCAAAACCUUCCACGCCUCUACAGUCUUGUACACCGACGAUGCUGUGCUCGAAAACAUCCAAAUCUGGGUCUCUACCAUGUCGACCUCAGAAUGCAGACCUUUCAGACACACAGCUACUAUGAUCUCCCUCGGAAUCAUGAACGCCUUGUGUGAUAUUGCCCGCGAGGUCACAACCAGCGUGACAACCUCUCGCAAACAACUUGAGAGUGAAAAGAAGAAGAAGAACGUCAACAAGGGCCGCGUGGAGGCGAUCCAAACAGCUGUCACAGAGGGCGAACAGAAGGUCGAGCGACUAGACGAAUUCCUGCAGGAUUGGUUUGAUACUAUCUUUGUACACCGCUACCGAGACAUUGAUGGUCAGAUCCGAGCCGAAUGUCUGACAGCCCUAGGCGGAUGGAUUCGCGCAUACCGGGAGGUUUUCUUCGAAGGCCAGUAUCUACGAUACCUGGGAUGGACGCUUGCCGACAUUGUACCUCAGACCAGACUUGUUGUUCUCUCUGAGCUGAUUUCUCUAUAUGAGAACCGAGACAACAUUGCUGGUUUGCACUCAUUCACUGAGCGCUUCCGUCAACGCAUUGUGGAGAUUGCCGUCCAAGAUGCUGAUGUUUCUGUGCGUGUCGCUGCCGUUGAGCUGCUCAUCCACCUGCGUGAAGGAGGUCUCCUUGAACCGGAUGACAUUGAUGCCAUCGGCCGACUGGUGUUCGACCUGGAACCCCGUAUCCGGAAAACAGCAGGCCGCUUCUUUGUUUCUAAUGUCGAGGAUGCAUUCGAAUCGAUUACUGAGGAGGUUGGAGAGGAGCUCAAUGAACUGCUAGCCGAUGACGAUGAGGAUGACUACGAGUCGCCUAAGCGUUCAUGGAUCAAGUUCAAAUGCCUUACCGACCUGUUCCAGUCUUACGAUGCGCAACAAACUGAACAGCAACCAGACCCAUCCCCUCGUGACAGACUGUUGGGAGUGCCCUUGGAGUCGCGCUUUGCUCUGGCUACCGAAGCUGUCUACGCUCAUAUGGAAGAGCUUGGUCAAUGGCCCUCGCUGGCUGGGUAUCUGCUCUAUGAUCACUCCCAGAUCACAGACGAACCGUCUGAGGAUGAUACCGCAGGCGUUGUGAAGAACCUAUACAAACUGGAAGAGGGACAGGAAGCCAUCCUUCUGGAGGUUCUCUGUGCUGCAGUCAAGCUGAAGGUUCUGGAUGUUGCCAAAUCUGACAUCGACAAGCGUGGCCGCAAGGUCAAGGCUCUGACAUCCAAGAUCCCCGAGCUUCAAGAAGAGAUCUCCCACAAUCUCGCACAAAUCAUCCCACGUCUUCUGAACAAGUUUGGGUCCGCGCCGGAAUCAGCUUCUGCUGUCCUGCGCCUGGAGCACCUUGUGGACCUGGAUACAAUCCAGGAUCUCCAGAAGGAUGCUACCGCCUAUUCCUCCCUGCUCAAUGAUAUCAACAAACAAUUCUUGACCCAUUCGGACCAAGACGUUCUGGCUGAGGCUAGUGUUGCCUUCUUGCAUGCAAAGAGCUCCGAUGAGAUGAAGGAGGUGCUGGAGAGCAAGGUCCAGGAGUUGUGGGAUGACAUGGUCGAGGCACUAGGCGCUCUAUCGCGGAAGAAGGACGUUCAAGAAGGUGGCUCGAUAUCUGAUCCUACUCUCACCGACCUGACCAACACCGUUACACGCAUCUCCCACCUGGCCGGUAUCACAGACUGCACCGCAAUCCUGGAAACCGUGCCAAACUCCCGCUCAAAAUCCAAAAAGGACCACCCGGAAGCCCCCUUUAACACCCUCAUCCGCCUCGCCGAGCGCGGCCUCCGCAUGGAAGAUGACGACGAAGACACCGCCAUAACAGAGACAGAGCUAGUGACAAGCAGUAUCCGCACACUGCUAUUCUAUUUCAUGUGGAAGGUGCAGGCACUGUCCACAGCCCUAAAUGAAGGAAAAGCAGCCUUCACCACUGCCUACUUCGAAGCCCUUACAAAAAGCCGCGAAACCUUCGCCGACACCCUAGUCAACAUCAUGAACUCCCGCGCAGGCCUCGACAACCUCCGCGUAAUAGCAACAACAACCUACCUCGACCUCCAAACCCUCUUCAGCACUCUCCGCAACCUAGGCACAGGCAGCACAAACGACGAAGACACCCUCUUCCAAACCCAAAGCCUAAUUCACGAAAUCGGCCCAGAAACCCAAGCCCUCCUCUCCAAAAUACACAACAGCGCCGAAAGAACCUGGGCCAAGAAAUCAGGUCUAGACCACGAACCCGCAGACGACGAUGAACCAGCCUCAGAAGAUGAACCCGAAGACGAAGACGAAGCCAGCGAUGAAGAAGACGAAGCCGUUCUCAACGAACGGCUUCGCUCUAGCAUCUUCGCUGAACAGCGUCUCUGCGAGAUAACAGGGAAACUCGUCUUGGCCAUCAUCGCCCGUGUCAUCGAUGCAUCUGGCGCGAAGCGUGGCGCGUUGAAGAAACGUCUACUUCGGAACAAGACCGUUCUUGGUCAGAAUUAUCGUGAGGUCUUGUCUUAUCUUGAAGAGAGGAAGCCUAGAGCUGCGGCGUCUAGGAGUAAGGGUAAGCAGGCUGCUAAAUCUGCUGCUAAGUCUGCUUCUGCUGCACCUCCUACUCCUGCUAAGGAGAGUAAGUCUGCGGAACAUGUUAAUGAUGAGGAAGAGGAACAUCCUGAGACUGUGGAGGAAGAUGAGGAUGAGGAUUUGCGGGCCCGUGGUCUUGUUGAAGAAGAUAUUGAUCGAGAGGGUGGGGAUGGAGAUGAGGACGAGGGAUUAAAUUCUGCACCUGAGGAUGAGGAUGAGGUGAUGGGUGAUUAA